UUUAGAAGAACCUGUCAUCCAUUUGAAAAUUAUAGGCUCGUCCAAAGAAAAAUCUCCUUAUUUCUCGUGCACCUGUCGAGACGUUACGAGAAGUCAACAAGAUAACCGUUUUUUGAGGAAAGCUCCAACUUUUCCAUCAAUUUUACGAACAAACCGCAUUGCUAUUCGUGUAAAUAUGAUGGCAGAUUGUUGAGAUAAACACAUUCUUAUCGGAGCAUUUAGUUUGGUUGUCAUGGAGGGUACUUGUAUGGAGCUGGCCCUUGAGGGGGAACGCCUCUGUAAAGCAGGUGACUGCCGCACAGGGGUCGAGUUCUUCGAAGCCGCUGUACGUGUGGGCACAGAUGACAUACAGACCCUGAGUGCCAUCUAUAGUCAACUUGGGAAUGCAUAUUUCUGUUUACAAGAGUAUGGCAAAGCAUUGGAAUAUCAUAGACAUGAUCUCAAUCUCACCAGGUCUUCUGGGGACAAAUUAGGCGAAGCAAAAGCAAGCGGUAACCUUGGUAACACAUUAAAAGUUCUGGAAAAAUUUGAUGAAGCGAUAGUUUGCUGCCAACGUUAUCUUGAUAUAGCGAAGGACUUAACCGACAGGGUAGAGGAAGCCCGAGCACUCUAUAACUUAGGAAAUGUUUACCACGCUAAAGGCAAACAUUUAGGAAGAAAUGGCAACCAAGAUCCUGGGAAGUUCCCUGCUGAAGUCAGUGAUCUUUUACUGAAAGCUGUUGAAUAUUAUGAAGAGAACCUAGCCAUAGUACGUAGCCUUGGGGAUAGGGCAGCUCAAGGGAGGGCAUGUGGUAACCUUGGCAACACACACUAUCUCAUUGGUAACUUCAACCAGGCACGAAUUUGUCAUGAAGAGAGGUUGUCCAUUGCAAAGGAAUUUGGAGAUAAAUCAGCAGAACGAAGGGCCUACAGUAAUCUUGCUAAUGCCCACAUAUUCUUGGGAGAGUUUGAAAUUGCAGCUGAACAUUACAAGAAAACUCUCCAAAUUGCGAUACAGCUUGGUGACCGUGCUUUAGAAGCCCAAGCAUGUUACAGCCUUGGCAACACAUACACUCUCCUGAGAGACUACCCAAAGGCAAUAGAGUAUCAUUUACGGCAUCUCCGUAUUGCCCAGGAUCUCCGGGACCGUGUAGGGGAGGGGAGGGCAUGCUGGAGCCUUGGAAAUGCUCAAACUGCGCUAGGAAACCACGAGAAGGCCUUACAGUAUGCCAACAAACAUCUUGAGAUCUCUAAAGAGAUCGGAGAUGCCACUGGCCAGGCUACGGCCCAGAUGAACCUUGCUGACCUAAAGACAGUAUUAGGUAUAAACUCAAGUGCCAAUAUCUCAGAUGCCAGUUUUAGCAGUAUUCCAAUGGAUGGAGAAGAGAAGGAGAAUAAAUCAAGGCGACGCAGCAUGGAAAACCUUGAACUUGUUCCUAUUAGGACCCCUGAUAAGGCCAAGGAGCUAGCUCAGGGAGGAGCCCGACCAAAGGUGCAGAAAGCAGCUACAAUUGCAAGUAAUUUAGAUGAGCGAAUGAAAACUAACACAGCAAAGCAACCAACUCGGCCAAGUACAGCAUCUCUUGCUAGGGAGAGUAAAGCACCAAGAAAAAUUUCACCUGAAAUGACAGAUGAUGACAAUUUCUUUGACCUCUUGAGCAAAUUUCAAGGACGAAGGAUGGACGAACAGAGAUGUGCAUUUGAUGGACCUAUCCCAGGUGAUGAGGAUGGUUUCCCACCUGAUCCAUCUAACAAAGCAUUAUCCCAAGGUGACCAUGAUUUCCUAGAUAUGGUCGCAGGAAUCCAAGGGUCACGUAUGAAUGAACAGAGAACAACGCUAGAAAAUCUACCCGGAUUGCACAAUAGCAAGGAUGUGAUUGGUCAGUUAUUAACCAAUAAGGGUGAAGCUCCAGAUGAUGCAUUCUUUGAAAUGUUAAUGAGAUGUCAGGGUUCGAGAAUCGAAGAGCAGCGUAGUGCGCUCCCAACUCAAUCUGCACCCACAGUCCCCGAUGAAGACUUUUUUAGCCUCAUAACUAGACUACAGGGCAAUCGCCUUGAUAAACAAAGAACAGAUUUACCACCUAAAAGAGGUUCAAGUAAAAAGAAGAAGAAGGAUAAGGAAAAGAAAUAGAAAUUGAUCAACAUAAUCUAUAUUUAGUCAAAUAAUCAUAGUAAUUCAAUGCUUUUAGUUGGAAUAAACAUAUAGAGGUGAGCCGUCUGCUUUAUAGUCAAAAUGAGGCUGGUUGUGAGUAAAUGGUGGAAUCUUAGUCUGUUUUUAUAUCCAAAAUGAGGCUGGAUGUUACAAAUAGGAAUAGUCAAAGGAAAUAAAAACAGAGGAAAUCAACAUGCAUUAUAUCCAAAAUGGAGGAAUUUGAAUAGAAAGAAGAAUUCUUUCCAAUCAGAUGCCGAUCCUGUCAUUUAUUGAUGCAUGAUAUGCACAUGUUCGUUAAUAUUUUUCAGAAUCAUGAUUUUUCUAUCUGAAAAGGCCAUACUUUUAGUUAGGAUAUUUAUUAAUUUUAAUUUUGUAUAAAUCACAGUUUUUGAUCUAAAUAUAUGAAUUGAAAAAA